AUGAUAGCUCAGAUAUAUGUAGAUGACAUCGUUUUUGGUGGUAUGUCAGACCACAUGGUCGAUCAUUUUGUUAGACACAUGAAAUCUGAGUUUGAGAUGAGUCUGGUGGGUGAAUUAAAUUACUUCCUGGGGUUGCAAGUAAAACAGAUGGAAGACUCCAUGUUCAUCUCACGGAGCAAGUAUGCCAAAGAACUAGUUAAGAAGUUCGGUCUUGAGGGCUCUACUCAUAAAAGAACUCCUGCAGCCACUCAUAUCAAGCUAACUAAAGAUGAAAGUGGAACUUAUGUUGAUCAAAGCUUAUACAGAAGUAUGAUUGGUAGUCUUCUUUAUCUCAUUGCUAGCAGACCAGAUAUUGCUUUCUCUGUUGGUGUUUGUGCCAGAUAUCAAGCUGCUCCUAAAGAGAGUCAUCUGAUUCAAGUCAAGAGGAUUAUAAAGUACAUUAAUGGAACUGUUGACUAUGAAAUCUUUUAUGCUCGCAAUUCUAAUUCCAAUUUGAUAGGCUACUGUGAUGCAGAUUGGGCAGGAAAUGCAGAUGACAGAAAAAGUACUCCAGGAGGAUGCUUCUUUCUUGGUAAUAAUCUCAUAUCUUGGUUUAGCAAAAAGCAAAAUUAUGUUUCACUAUCUACUGCUGAGGCUGAAUAUAUAGCUGCUGGAAGUGGGUGUACUCAACUAUUAUGGAUGAAGCAGAUGCUGAGGGAAUAUAAUGUCGAGCAAGAUGUCAUGACAUUAUACUGA